CGAGUAGGGAGACUGUGGAAGGUGACUACAUUAUCAAGGAGGCACCCCCAAGGCUUCAGGGCUCUUGAGGCCUUCCUCGAAUGGCACCCUCUAGUCUGAUGACUGAAAUCGUCCGGUUCAUGCGCAUGUUCUCGAGCGGUCUGGUCGAAGCGCUACUCGGCUUCCGUUCAUUGUUUAAUGAGAACGACAAACCUGACACACUACCACAGGCCCGAUUUUAUUGCCAUGUUCUCCACAACUGAGGACGCCAGCCCCCUUCUUCCUGAACUCGUAUUCGAAUCUCGGUGCUGGUCGCCUUGACUUCUCGUUCCAUUCAUUUGCACUUCACUCUUACGACCUUGCUUAUUUUUCACGAAUUUGUUCCUUCUUACGUCCCACUUCUAACGACCAACGGCAUCCCUUUAUCUAAUCUUCUAAUCACAAAUCAUGCGUUUCUCCAUUGCUGCCACUCUUGCUGCUGUCGCUGCCUCCUCCGUUCCUGCUUUCUCCGCUCCUCUUGAGGUUCGUGCUUUCCGCCACAAGCUCUCCAAGCCUGGCCACAUGAAGGAUAUUGGCGAACGCCUUCCCAGUCUUGGAGGUAAUAUUGAUGAACUUCCUAUCAAUUCUCGCGAUAUGUUUGACCUUGACGCUCGCAACGAGCUCGAACACACCAACGACAUCUUCGGUAUCCCUGGUGAUGUCACUGCCACCGACCUCACAGCGGACGGCCCAGGGGCCAUUUACCAACGCCGCGUGUCGAUUUUCAACCAGCCGAAAUCUUGCGACGGAUGUGUUCAAAUGCCCACCAACCUGAUCACCCAACUGUUGUCCACCAGAUCUGACCUUGAAGCUCGCAAAGUCAGAAAUGUUGGUAACAAGCUUGAACAUGCCAACAACAUCGUGGGUAUCACCGAUGGGCUUACUGGUAUCGCCACUAACAUUGCCUAUGCUGCUCAACGACGUCGGGAUUUGACAUCUCGCCGUGUCAAGCUUGAACAGUUGAAUCAUGCAGCAGGAAUUGCUGACGGUCUGACUAGUAUCGCAACCAAUAUCGCCAGUGCCGCUCUGCAACGUCGUGACUUAGAAGCGCGUAAGGUCACGCAUGCUGGUAACAAGCUCGAGCACGUCAACAACAUCGUUGGUAUUGCUGACGGUCUCACUGGUAUUGCGACCAACAUCGCUGGAGCCGUCGAGCAGCGUUCGCCGCUUACAAGAUCCGACUUAGAAUCCCGAAGAAUUGGACGCGUUGGCAACAAGCUUGAGCAUGCCAACAAUAUCGUGGGCAUCGCAGAUGGCCUCACUGGUAUCGCUACAAACAUUGCUGGUGCUGCGCAACAACGGCGCGACUUGGACACACGUCGUGUCAAGCUUCAACACGUGGAUGACGCUGUUGGAAUUGUAGAUGGUCUGACGAGCAUCGCAACCAACAUUGCUGGUGCUGUUCAACAACGCUCAUUGGAGGAAUUGGAUUAAAGUCUUAGCACCUCAGGAGAUGCUUUCGUUCUAGAAAUUUAUGCGCAUGUCGUAACUACCAUUUAUGAAAUGCAUGGAACCUGGGGGCUC